CUUUUCAGUGAUCUGAUGGAGAAAAUGUUUCUCAAAUUAGUUUUGCUCUGUUUGUGUCUGUGGCGUCUGGAUGGUGCGUUUGGUUUUAUUGACGGAAAACAAAUAUCAGUGAGGGAGGGAGAGACAGUCACUCUAAACCUUGGUCCUGGUAAUCUGAGGGUUGAUGUUAUUGUUUGGUGGAAGUUUGCAAAAACUUUAAUAGCUGAAAUCCAUAAACAGGCCAAAAAAUUAACUGUAUAUGAUGAUAUUCUUGAUGGGAGAUUCAAAGACAAACUGAAGCUGAACAAACAUUCUGGAUCUCUGACCAUCUCAAACGUCAGACCUGAACAUUCUGGACGUUAUGGGAUCAACGGAACAAACAAACACUUUGUUCUCACUGUCUAUGCAAAGCCAGUCUUGGUGAAUGAGGGAGAUUCAGUCACUCUAAACUCUGGUCGGAAUGAAUUGAAGGCUAAUAAUCGGAUUGAGUGGAGGUUUGGAGAUUCUAACACUUUAAUAGCUAAAAUGAAUAAACAGGACGACAGCAUCACUAUAUAUGAUGAUGUUCUUGGUGGGAGAUUCAAAGACAGCCUAAAGGUGGACAAACAAACUGGAUCUCUGACCAUCACAAACACCAGAAGGAAACAUGAUGGAGAAUAUAGAAUACGGAUACAUGGAGCAAAUUUUGCAUCAAAAAAAAUUAGAGUUUCUGUCUAUGAUCGUCUGCCUGUUCCUGUCAUCAGCAGUAACUGUUCACAAUGUUCUUCAUCAUCAUCAUCAUGUUCAGUGGUGUGUUCAGUGGUGGAUGUGAGUCAUAUGACUCUCUCCUGGUACAAAGGAAACAGUUUAUUGUCCAGCAUCAGUGUGUCUGAUCUCAGCAUCAGUCUCUCUCUACCUCUGGAGGUGGAAAAUCAGGAUAAAAACACCUACAGCUGUGUGCUGAACGAUCCCACCAGCAACCAGACUCAACAUCUGGACAUCAAUGAAAUCCGUCAGAAAUGUUCAGGUGUGUCUGAUGAUGGUAAAAAAGAGUCAGCCUUAGUGAAGGAUGGAGCUUCAGUCACUCUACCUUCUAAUCUUACUGAAAUAAAGGAUGAUGAUGUGAUUCUGUGGAAGUUUGGAUAUGAAAACACUUUAAUAGCUGAAAUCAAUAAACAGGACGACAGAUUCACUGUAUAUGAUGAUGUUCUUGAUGGGAGAUUCAAAGACAAACUGAAACUGGAUCAUCAAACUGGAUCUCUGACCAUCACAGACUUCACAAUUGAACAUACUGGAUAUUAUAAAAGAAAGAUCAACGGUGUGAUCAAGAGAUUCCGUCUUUCUGUUCAAGAUGAAAAAUCAGCGAAGGAGGGAGAUUCGGUCACUCUGGACUCUGGUUUUACUGAAUUGGUGGAGGAUGAAUUUAUUCAGUGGGUUUUUAUCCCUGAAAACAAAGAUGCUAUAGUAGUGGCUGAUUCUUUCACUGUAUAUAAAGAUGCUGCUGGUGGGAGAUUCAGAGACAGCCUAAAGGUGGACCAAAAAACCGGAUCUCUGACCAUUACAAACAUCAGACCUGAACAUGCUGGAGGUUAUGGACUAAUUACCACAAGUGUGUUCAAGAGUUUCAAUCUUAUUGUCUCUGACCCUGCAAAGGUUUGAUCCGAUUGGUCCUCUCUGCUCUGGUGGGCGUGGCUUCUGUCAUUCUGGUUUAUGUCAUCAGAGAAGAGCUGAACAAGAUCAAGCACAUAUUCACACAUCAGAUAACUAAAUAAUGAUGUCUUAUUAUUUUAUUUCAAUCAUUUAUCAACCUUCAUUUAUUUUUAAUUACUUUAUAUAUUCUUCUGCUGGUUUUGAUGUUCAUUUGUCGGUGGCUCAUUUCCAACCUAAAAGUUGAUUUUGAGAACAAAAAGCAACAAAUUCUCACAUUAAAUGCAAGUGUUUGUUAUUCAAUCACACACCGUGUUUGAGAGCAAGAUAAUUAUAUUGUAUUAAAAACUCGAAGAUCGCAAAUAAAAAGUCUGCUUUAAUUACAAAAUUAAAGUAAUUAAUAGCAAAA